AUGUCGUCCGCAUCGAGCUCUGCAGGACCCUCGCGGUCGCCAUCUCCGGCAGCCAAUGGCAAUACCGACACCUCGGAUGAGCCACAGAAGACUUUCGCCGACCUUGGCGUCAACGAGGACCUGUGUUCGGCAUGCGAGGCGCUCGGCUUCAAGUUCCCCACCGAUAUCCAGGUCGCAGCCAUCCCCCCAGCGAUGACAGGCCGGGAUAUCAUCGGCAUUGCGCAGACAGGAAGUGGUAAAACUGCUGCCUUCUCGCUUCCCAUCCUCCAGACUCUCUACGACGACCCGCAGCCAUUCUAUGCGCUCAUGCUCGCCCCCACCCGCGAAUUGGCCGACCAGAUCGCCAAGCAGGUGCAGGCCCUCGGAGCCAACAUAGGAGGUGUCCGAGUCGCCUUGCUAGUCGGUGGCAUGGACAUGAUGCACCAGAGCCUCGCGCUCGCCAAGCGCCCGCACAUUAUCGUCGCUACGCCCGGUCGUCUUAUGGACCACCUCGAGAACACCAAGGGCUUCUCGCUCAAGGCCCUCAAGUACCUCGUGCUCGACGAGGCCGACCGUCUCCUGGACCUCGACUUUGGACCCAUCAUCGACAAGCUCCUCAAGGUCAUUCCCAAGGAGCGCAACACGUUCCUCUUCUCGGCAACCCUCAGUACCAAGGUUGAGAAGCUGCAGCGCGCGUCGCUCUCCAAGCCUGUCCAGGUCAAGGUCGCGUCCAAGUACUCGACCGUCUCGACGCUCAUGCAGUACUACGUCUUCUUCCCCGAGAUCCAGAAGGACCCGUACCUCUUCUACCUCGUCAACGAGCUGGUGUCGUCCUCGAUGAUCAUCUUCACCGGCACAGUGGACCGAGCCCAGCGCCUGAGUAUCAUGCUCAACCGCCUCGGCUUUGCGGCCAUCCCCCUACACGGACAGAUGAGCCAGAGUGCACGUCUCGGUUCGCUCAACAAGUUCAAGAGCGGCGGCCGCAAGAUUCUCGUUGCGACCGACGUCGCUUCGCGUGGUCUCGACAUUCCCUCCGUGGACCUCGUCAUUAACUAUGACAUUCCCUCCAACUCGAAGGACUACGUCCACCGUGUAGGACGUACGGCCCGUGCUGGUCGCUCGGGCAAGUCAAUCACCCUCACUACACAGUACGACGUCGUGAUGCUCAAGGGCAUCGAAGCUGCUAUCGGGCGCCAGCUCCCCGCCUACGAUGUGGACAAGGAGGCGGUCGCCAUCCUCUCAGACCGCGUGUCCGAAGCGGCCCGCGCUGCCAAGCUCGAGAUGCGCGAGCAGGGCACUGGCGGUGCUGGCGGGAAGCGCGGGCGAGACAAGGGCCACCGCGGUGGGUACGACGACCGCGACCGCGACGACGAUGUCGUGCAGGGCGGCAUGCCGAUGAGGAAGAAGUCGAAGCGCGGAGGAAGGGGCGGGAGGAGGUAA